UCGAUAUUUCCUGAUAAACCCUAGGAAGGAAAUCUGAUUCCUGAUCCCGUGGAAUUGAAGGAAGAUCGAGAUGGGAAACGAGGCGAAGAGCAGCGGAGCUGCUAAUAACGGUGGGGGAGGAUUUAGGGCAAAGAUGGAGCAUGCCCUAUACAGCGGAGACAAGAAGCACGUCAUGGCUGGGAUCGGGAUCAUCACCAUCGUCUUCGGAGUCCCUUGGUAUCUGAUGAAUCGAGGCUCAAAGCAUCAGUCUCACCAGGACUACUUGGAAAAGGCCGAUAAGGCACGUAAAGCACGGCUUUCUUCCUCUGGCUCGUCGUCUCCGGACAAGUAGAAUUUCAGCCUUUUCUCGUGCAACGGUCGAAACCCUUUUCGUGGAAUCUAGUCACAUACAAGCCGAGAACCAUUCUGCAGUGUUUUUUUGUUCUCAAGACCGUAGAACUCAUAGUCGGAGGCAGUAUCGUCAAGACACGUUUUGUUUUUUCGUUUUGGCUACAUAUCGAAUAAAUAACAAGAUCUCAAUGCAUUUUCUUCCUCCGUCCUGAAUUUACUCUUUAAUAAACUUUGGAAUCUUACAGUUAC